UUUAAGAAUAGGGAACGCACACGAGACUACAUAGAUGGAAUCAAAUUACUGUAUAUCAUCCCUCCCUAAAAGGUAUUGACAUGGGCGACUAUUCUUAAAGUGGGGACGAUUUCUGGAGGGGGGAACCUGAACGACCAAUAACGCUUCAACUUAUGAUGUCAUCGGAGGAGGAGACAGAGUUUGGUUUGUACACAGAUAAGCUCCUGAAGAAAACCAAAAGAACUAGACAGCGUGUGGACGCCGGCGAGCCGCGUAACUCGUAUUCCUCAAUACCGAAUUUCAGUUCGCGUCCGACGUUUCUCGGUGGCGGUAAUAAUUUGUACGGCGCGAUUUUCACCCAACAGCAACAGUUCGGUCUGUUCGGACCGGGGUUCGCACCCGCUAAAAUGUUAAACGAAUUACUCGGUCGGCAGAAGGCCGAAUCCGGCACGGACGGUGAGGAAGUUAAAUUCGAAUCGGUGAUAAGGUGUGACAGCAGCCCGUCCUCUGGGGAUCAGCUCGCUCAUCACAUGCUCAGAGAUAUCCUUCAGGGCAGAAAGCACGAACUGCUGGCGCUGGAGCACGACAUGCGCAACGGCCAGGACCACAUCAUAAACAACAAUAACAACGAACCCAAGGCGAGUCCGGAGCGGAACGACGUUGACGCUGUCGGUACGAUGAAAGAGUGUCUCGCAGACGCCUCAGCGGCCGCGGGUGAACGACAAUCGGAACUCAUGGAGGAGGCCCUCAACGGCAUGGAGACUGAAUCGCUGCCAUCACCCAAGGUGGAGCCGGCCAGUCCCGCCAAACCGGAAGAUGCGAAGAAAGCCCGAGUGGAAAACAUCGUCUCAGGUAUGCGAUCCAGUCCGGCACCACCUCAAGUCAACGGAUGCAAGAAACGAAAGCUCUACCAGCCGCAACAGCACGACAGCAACGCGGACAGGUUUAUCGACGACGACGAUGAAGAAAUCGAACCAAUUAGGGCGAAGCGAGUGGAGAAAAACCUACUCAAAUCCCAACUCAGGACAAUGCAAGAACAAUUAGCUGAAAUGCAACAAAAAUAUAUCCAAUUGUGCACACGUGUAGAACAAAAUUCCGAGGAAAGCCAAGAAGUCGAGGAAAUUCCUAGUGACAGUGAACAGAGCAAAAGGUCCGCGGCUCCUUCACCGGUGUGUACCAGUACACCUACUCCCGUGCAACAACCCCCGACAUUGGCCCAACAGGUGAGCAAAUUAAAAAUCAGUCCGCCAGGACCACCUUUCCACAACGGACUAUUGCACGAACACCAGCAACACAUGAACAAUGCCGCUGCCAUGUAUUUAGGCGUUAGCCACAAACUGCUCAUGGAACAAGAAGCCAGACUGGCCAAGGAAGCUGCUCAAGCUUCGCAGGCCAACAGUGAAUCCCAGCAAAAUCAAAAUUAUCCACCACAGAAACCUGAGAACUUUGCCGAUAGGUUACACAUGAUGAGAAACAUGACUCCGACCAAUACGGACCUCGAAGGUUUGGCAGACGCCCUCAAAUCUGAAAUAACGUCGUCACUAUCGAAUUUAAUCGACUCGAUCAUGUCCCGAUUCGUUCUCCAAAGACGGUGUAAGCAACAAGAUGCGGCCACUGCGGCUGAACAAUUGAACAAGGACCUCCUGAUGGCCUCUCAACUCCUCGAUAGGAAAUCACCUCGGACAAAAAUAGCCGAACGGCCCAACGCACCACCACCACCAUCCAAUCAAAAUCAAAUGGUAAAUGGAAAUGGUGGUUGUCCACCAAUUAUGCCUGUUCACAAUAUGAACAAUAUGCAAAAGCAUUCAGAUCUUCAUAUAAGGCCUCCGAUGUUUCAGCCACCAAAACCGCCAGGUAUUAGUCAGGGGCCUUUGUACUCUAUGAACCAUCCUUUCUGCGUAUCAAAGCAGGAAACACCAGAACAGAACGAGGCCCUCAGUCUGGUAGUAGCGCCAAAGAAGAAGCGCCACAAGGUCACGGAUACCAGGAUCACGCCGCGCACUGUCAGCAGAAUCCUCGGCCAAGACGGCAUGGGAAUGUCGCCCGCCCCCAUGGAGACCAACCAAUGUUCAUCACCAAGGCCUCCCCCAUAUCACCAGCCGCCGCCGAUGUUGCCCGUCUCCCUUCCGACAUCGGUGGCGAUACCCAACCCCGGCCUUCACGAAUCUCAGGUCUUCUCGCCCUACAGCCCCUUCUUCCACGGACCAAGCCAUGGCCACCACAUGGCGAUGCAGGCAUCAUCCUCUCCACCUCGAAUGCACAAAAUGGAGCGUGAAUCGCCCCCAAUUCACCACCAUCCCACAUUGUUGCACCCCGCACUAUUGGCGGCAGCCCAACAUGGGGGAUCCCCCGACUACGCGCACAUGAGGCCUUCAGGAGGCAUGAAAAUGGACAACAGCGACAUGAAUUCCGACUGCAACUCCGGAGACAUCUCCUACGACGGGAUGAAACCUACUAUAUCCUUUUUAUGCAAAGAUUACAAUAAUAGUCAGAAUCUAUCCUUAACUCCUGAGCACUCGUCUACAUUGACGCCGAUGCAUCUGAGGAAAGCGAAGUUGAUGUUCUUCUGGGUCAGGUACCCAAGCUCAGCUGUCCUCAAAAUGUAUUUCCCGGACAUCAAAUUCAACAAGAACAAUACUGCCCAGCUGGUGAAGUGGUUCUCAAACUUUAGGGAGUUCUACUACAUCCAAAUGGAGAAGUACGCUAGGCAAGCGGUAUCCGAAGGGGUGAAGAACGCCGACGAUCUCCACGUGGGUGGCGACUCAGAAUUGUACCGUGUGCUCAACCUGCACUACAACAGAAACAAUCACAUCGAGGUUCCCUCGAACUUCCGAUUUGUGGUGGAGCAAACGCUCCGGGAGUUCUUCAAGGCGAUCCAAGAGGGACGAGACGCCGAGCAGUCAUGGAAGAAGUCCAUUUACAAAAUCAUCUCCAGGCUGGACGACCCAGUGCCGGAGUACUUUAAAUCCCCAAAUUUCCUCGAACAACUCGAGUGACCGGUUUGUGAUGCCGGUAGUAAACCGGUACCAUGUGGUAACCAAUGGUUCUCGCGUGGUACCGCGCGUUAGACUAAGACUAACGUAUCCAAACACCAUGGAGAAUCGGUGACAAGUUUUACACUGUCAACAAGUUUUAGUUGUUAUUAUGAAUGGGUUUGAAGAGGAACUAAGCCAUCUUCGAAAACAUGUCGGACAAUUUAUAAAUAUUGUUGUGUUAAGUUGGCAGAAGAGACAAUUAUACUUGCCUCAGGCUUUAUGUUCGUAAAUACGAACAGUGAAUAAAAUCAAUUUUCCAGUGAUUACCUGAAUAUUUACCGGAUAGAAUUUAACGGCGUCAAGUCCUAAGUUUUUUUAAACCAGCAGUUAGCAAAGUUCAAAAUCUGCACUGUUUUUCGUUUACUUUUGGCAUGUUUUUGUUUAUUGCCACUGUAAACUGUGCUGUUGUAAACACAGCAUGUAUAUAUCUAUAUUGUAUAUAGUAUUUAUCUCUGAUUUCUUUAAUUUAUACUAUUAGAAUAUUAUCUUUCCUAACCAAAGUUAUAUUUUUGCUAGUCUUCGUUGCAUAAUGGACCACAUUGGCCCAGAGUGCGUUUUGUAUUAUUUCGCUGAUCACACGUGCUGCUUGAAUGUCGGCGGGUGCCACGAGGGGCUGCAAACUACAAAUUUCUAGACCUCGCACUAAAUUUUAUGUCCAUUUAUAUUUUGAACAUCUAAAUUAUACAGACGGAACUCGUCAGAGUUACAAAUACUAUAUGUCUCGCAGCCUUCUUUGUGGAACCUGUGUUGUAUUUUCGCAGAGUUGUCAAUCAGCAACCAAAUUCUUUUUGAUAAAACACUGGGAAACCCGAUUGUUUUCCAGUGUUUUUUCAAUGAAUUAACACAAAUAUUAUAUUAUCUCUGUGUAUGAAAUACAUAACGAAUAUAAUGUCUGUGUAAAAUAUUAAGCGGAUAUGCUUUGUAUGAUUUUUUUUUUGUUUAUUUGUUUCCCCAAGAAAACGUUGUCGGAAAUACGCCUUAUUCAACUAAAUUUAAUAUUUAGGACAAAAAUCAAAAUUUACUGUAAAUAGUACAUAAUUGUGAUAAUAGUGCACUGAUAGUUGGAAAAUUUAGUGCGCUGGUUCAUAGGCCCUUUUCCAACAACUUUUUCCACACCAUUUAUUUGCAUUGAUUUUGUUUUUGUAUUUAUUUUUGUGUUGCAUUCUAUUUGGACUAGUUGCUGAAUUAUGAUUUUUGUAGCAUAUCUUCUUAAUAUGAUUUAUUUAUAAUUUAGUUAUAUUUUUUCACUGGCACAAUAUUAGUGUAGAUUUAAAGAAUCUCGCAAUCACACUGUGUGGGGCAACUAGUCAAUAGUUAAUAAAUAUAUUAUUGUAUUA